ACUACAAUUCAUUCCUUUCUUCUAAAUCAAUUUGUUUAUUUGCAGAGAAGCAUGGAGGAUAAUCAGAUUCAAACGGUUCCAUGUGUAAGUAUAUGUUAUUUUAUUUAUACAUACCUAUCUAUCCAUGAAUGUUCUUAUUAAGUGCAUAGACAUAUAGUUUCUAAAUUAAUGUAAUUACCUAAGAUAUAUGAUCAUCACCUGCCCCUUCUCCUGUUAAAUCUUUUGUUAUUUUCUUUUUGUUUCAAAAAAAGGAAAAAGAAAAAAGUUUUAUGCAUGGUUAAGCAUUUUGUACAGAGUAACGCAGGAGUAACCGCAUGCAUGAUUGUGCCUGAGGUUCUUAAAGAAGGUAAUUAUGAAAGGUGGCGUGUUUUCAUGGAACACUAUUUAGUGGCUCAAGACCUUUGGGAUGUUGUUCUAUCAAUUGACAUGCCUAAAGUAGAAGAUCCAAGAGGUUGGGUUAAAAGGAAUGCUUUAGCUUUGCAUGCAAUUAAGAUUUCAUGUGGAGCACAAAGCUUUGAUCGAAUUAAGAAUAUGAAUUCAGCUGAAGAUGCGUGGAAUGCAUUGGCUGAUUUGCAUAAACAACCAGAUGUAGAUGCAAGUAGAGGAAGCCAAAUCAAUACAGAAGUUAAGGAAACUUGUAUAAGGAUAUUGGACAACAAUAGAAGGGCGGAAAUUGUGAGCUCACUCCGUGAUCAAGAUUGGGAUGCCCUAAAAAACUUGGACAGAAUAACUGAA